UCCACGGCUCCAUUGAUCCAAAUCUCUCCUCUAUCCUCCGUACACAUCUUAAAGCAUCACACGUCCACGUGGCAGUCACCCACCUGUCCGAUCACGAACCAAAACUUCCCAUUUUCAGAACCAGACCACACAAACAGAGGGAAGAAGAAGAAGAAGAAGAUGAAGGAAGUGGGAAAGGCAAAGGCGAGUGGCGGGGCGCAGGGGAUGAGGAGGACGGAGAGCGAGAGGGAGAAGACGAAGAUGAGGGAGAGGCAGAGGAGGGCCAUCACCACCAACAUCUUCCACGGCCUCAGAAAGCACGGCGGCUACCUUCUCUCUCCUCGCGCUGACAUCAAUGAGGUCCUCCGCGAGCUCGCCAAGGAGGCCGGCUGGGUCGUCCUCCCCGACGGCACCACCUACCGCUCCUCCUCCUCCUCCUCCUCACCCCAUGGUUGGGGUAAUGGUUGUUGUCCGGUUUGUGGGUCGUGGAGAGCGAGCAACAACAGCGCAACGCCGAGCAGCACGGUUGUGCUGGGUGGCGGCGGCGGCGGAGGAGGAGAGUACUGCUCAACCACAGCGUCGCCUGUAAGGGACGCUAUGAACAACAACAACAACAACAAUGGCAUAAGCUCGCUUUACGUCCCUAUUGGUGGCGUCGCUACCUCCGAUGUCGACGGUGAUAUUCCUCUUGAUCAGCUCUGCAUGUACGGUGGGAUUCCGGCGUACCCUGAGCAUUUGUACGCGCAGGAAGCGAGGGCGUCCAGCCAGAACACGCCGGAAGGGUCUCCUCUGCGCGGGCUGGUUGAAAAUUAACGCUAGUAGACUAGAAUAGACGUUUACAGAGAGAGAGAAUAAUUAAGCCAUGGAAAUGGUAUCUGCUAAUCUAAUGUAAUAUUGGAUUUGGGGGUGAUGUAGGAACCCAUUUUGUGUAAUCACAAAUUUGUGUAUCAUUUUCUGUUUGGCUUAGGAUCAUUCAAUUCUAUGUGCUUUCCUA